CUGAAGAUUACAUUCGGUCAAAUUUAAAUACCAUUUAAUAAUCAGAUGCAUUUGAGAACUACUGCUGUCACUUGCUUCAUUGCACAUGACACGAUACGCAAGUGAAGUUAGUUACUUGCUACGUCGUUUUUCCGUCCCCUCUUGCCGGUCUUUACGUCAAUCGGUGCAUAGUGUAAAAAAUUGAGUGUACAUAUACGCACGCACAUACACACAGUCAGACUAAAGGAUUAUUAUACUUCGUCUAUCUUCGCGCGAUUUCGUUUCAACACUGCUUUGCCUAUUUUCCAGCAUAUCUAUUUCUAUUCACGCUGCACAACUGUGAGCUUUUCUUUCUCACGAAUUCUAUUUUAUAUUAUUACCUCGCCACUGUUAUUAUCUACUGCUGUCUCGCAUCGACAGUAUUGACACGAUGAGCACCAGAUUCACGGGAAUAGAAUUGGGGCCUCCUAUCGAGGUUUUUGCAUUGCAAAAAGCAUAUCUCGACGAUACUUAUGAAAACAAAGUUAAUCUUACAAUAGGAGCUUAUCGUACUAACGAAGGUAAACCAUGGGUUCUACCAGUUGUAAGAAAAGUAGAGAAGUUACUUGCAGCAGAUGAUUUACAAAAUCAUGAAUAUUUACCAGUUCUUGGCUUAGAAGCAUUUAGUGAAGCUGCUACAAGCAUGUUAUUAGGCACAAAUUCUCCUGUUAUUGCCCAAGACCGUGCCUUUGGUAUUCAGUCGCUUUCUGGUACUGGCGCACUACGUGUUGCCGCUGAAUUUUUGAGUCGUAUUCUACAUUACGAUACCUUUUACUAUAGUAAACCUUCCUGGGAUUAUGUGCUGGCAGAAAAUCAUAGACUGGUAUUUACUAAUGGAGGCUUUAAAAAUGCUCGUGAAUACACAUACUGGGAUGAAAAGACCCGUAAUAUCGAUAUAGAAGGAAUGCUCCGUGAUUUACGAGAUGCUCCAGAAAAUGCUGUAAUUAUUCUGCAUUCGUGUGCACAUAAUCCUACUGGAUGCGAUCCAACUCCGGAGCAGUGGACUAAAAUAGCUGACGUAAUACAGGAUAAACACCUUUUUCCAUUAUUUGACAGUGCAUAUCAGGGUUUUGCAAGUGGAGAUUUAGAUAAAGACGCAUAUGCUGUACGAAUGUUUGCCGAACGUGGAAUCGAAUUCAUAUGUACACAAAGUUUUGCAAAAAAUUUUGGAUUGUACAACGAAAGAGUCGGUAACAUGGUUUUUGUGUUGGCCGAUACAAAGGAGAUGGUUGAAAUGAAAUCACAAUUAACGUUAAUUAUCCGAGGAAUGUAUAGCAAUCCUCCUAAUCAUGGUGCUCGAAUUGUUGCAACUGUCCUGAGGAAUCCGGAAUUUUUUGAGGAAUGGAAGGAUCAUAUUAGAACAAUGUCUAGUAGAAUUAAACAAAUGAGAGCAGGUUUGCAUCAUAGACUGCUCAAAUUAGGUAUUCCAGGUGUUUGGGAUCAUAUUAUUGAGCAAAUUGGAAUGUUCUCAUAUACAGGACUUGCUGAGAAGCAAGUGCAGCAUCUAAGAGAUCAUUAUCACAUUUAUAUGUUACGCAGUGGGCGUAUAAAUAUGUGCGGACUUAAUGAAAAUAAUCUGGAUUAUGUGGCAAACGCAAUUAAUGAAACGAUAAAGCUAUUCCCCGAAGCACAAGACGAUUGUACGUGUUAAGAUGGAAUAUUUACAAAUACAAAUUAAUAACCAGGC